ACCGUCAUGCUAAAUACCUUCAAGGCAGUUCCGCAGUCACAUCAACAUGUAUGAAGAUGCCAAUCAUGUCUUGACUUUUCAUGUCGUGUACCUACUUAUUAUAUGUCAUUAUUAUAUACCGAGGUAGGUAACACGGCUAGUUCCAUCUUCUAUUCUUCCUCUGUUCUCUACAGUUACAGUUGAAUAUCCUGAUUUAAGUGUCUGUUAUGUGAUCGGUCUUUGCCCACGUUUCGUUCUCUCUCAAGAUUGACAAUAAAAAACGUCUUUCAAUCUAGAUCGAUCGCGAUGUCGGCGACACAGACACAGACACAGACACAAACUAAGAGAGAGGGGAACAUUGCUGAUUCCUUCGUAUCGUUAUCUGGCGGUGCAAGAGAACCUCUCCCCCGACGGUUUCUCGAUCUCAAACAAAUCCUAGUUCGAGGUCAUGAGGACCGCGUAGUCGAUAGCUGGAACAGGCUUCUAGCCGAGCUUAAGCGUGAGAACAAGAACAUCAUUGAAAAAGGACCUAGUAUUAUUCCUAGCCUCAAGUUCAAGGACUUAGACGCGGACCUCGCAAAGUUUCGCGAUGAAAUCAAGAAGAGAGGCGUUGCCGUCAUCAGGGGGGUGCUUCCAGAAGACGAGGCCCGUUCGUACAAGGGCGAAAUCGAGGAAUAUGUGAGGCAAAAUCCUCAUACAAAUGCAUUUCCCCAGGAUAAUCCGCAGGUCUACGAACUAUAUUGGUCAGCGCCCCAGCUCCGCGCUAGGGCGCAUCCGAACUUGCUACGAGCUCAGGCGGCGCUCAUGAAGUUAUGGCACAUGUCAGACCCCGAUAGUGCCAUAUCGACAUCGCAGCCGUUGGCUUACGCAGACCGCCUUCGUAUAAGACAACCCGGCGAUGCCACAUUUGCUCUAGGCCCCCAUGUCGACGGAGGUAGCGUCGAAAGAUGGGAAUUGAACGGCUAUGGUCUUGGUGGAGUAUAUGACAAGAUAUUCGACGGCGCGUGGGAAGACUUCGAUCCAUGGGAUGCUAGUGCACGUGUCCCUGCCGUUAUGGAUAAUUACAACGGGUUGGGCGCCGCCUCGAUGUUCCGUAUGUUUCAGGGUUGGCUCAGUAUGAGCACCACUAAUCCGUUCGAGGGGACCCUUAUGGUGAAUCCAGCGAUGAAACUCUCGACAGCAUACUUCCUACUCCGUCCUUUCUUCCAGCCAGUUAGAGAUAUCAAUCAGGUCCCCCCUGGAGAAUAUCUCGCAGCGGAGAAUUGGAAAUUUACCGGCUCCGAAAUGACGAGUGAGCUUCAGGGAGCGACUCCGGGGCAUGGACAAGAGCUAGAUACAAUCCUUCAUCCACACCUAGAGCUCGACAAUACCAUGGUACACGUGCCAUCCAUUAAGCCGGGCGACUACGUGGUAUGGCACUGCGACACUAUCCACGCCGUCGACAAGGUACACAAAGGUAAUUCAGACUCGAGCGUGUUGUACAUCCCAGUCUGUCCAGUAACGGAGUUGAACUCCAAGUACCUCGUCCGUCAGAGACAGGCGUUCUUGAACGGCACCCCCGGCCCGGACUUCCCCGGCGGUCGAGGCGAAGCCGACCACAUCAACCGGCAGACCGAAUCAUCUCUUCGUUCAUAUGCUUCGGCUGAAGGGCUGCGUGCUUUUGGUUUCGAGAAGCUUGUCCCAGCUGAGACGGAUACCAACGGAGCAAAGAAUGUUAUUUCGCUGGCGAAUGAAAUCCUAAGCUUCUAGGCUCUCGUCUUACAUCAGCUGAGGAACCGAGCGACUCCUUUAUUUACCAAUCAGCUUCGAGAUGUAUAGGAGGCUCUGCGCGCUACUGCUGAUGGCGAUACUUAUCCCUUAAUGUAGAAGGUAUGCAGACUGAGAUAUAUGCCUAUGUAUGUAGACAUUGCUACCACGUGUCUUGGCUAGGAGCGUGUCCCCGUGCCCAUCACAGCUCACCCCGAUUACUGUAAAACAACAAGUUGGUUCCAAUUAGGUAUAGAAGUGAAUAGUACUAGAUAAUCACUUGGAGGUAAAAGGGGUGGGGGUUGGGAGAAGUCGAGAAGCAUGUUGGCGCAAAUCUCCACUGCCUAAUCCAUUUAGGGCCUUGGUAGUUGGUUGCCGACUAUGUGAUGGUGUGCUAUACCGCUUUCAUCACAAUUGGUUUUGGGGUAGGUAGCCCAUCUCCCCAGAUUUCAAAUGGCUUAAGUUCGAAGCAGAAGGUGUCAUCGGGAUGAAGAAUUGGCCGCUCCAUAAUAACUGAUGCCGAUGACAGCUCCUAUACAC